CAAAGGGAUGGGCUCUGGCUAGUUAUCUGCAGCAGGAACAUGUCCUUAAGGCACAGAUGGCCUAUGCCAUUGUUUGUGGUUCAGGAACGCCUUAAGCAGUUUUCCACUCUGGGUGGGCCGGGUGUUCCUUGCCCUCAUUCCGGUAAACCAACAACCUUCAGCAUGUGCAUCAUAGCCAUCACGAGCAUGUCACAGUGCUGCAGAGAUUUUGUUUAUGGCCAGAUUUGGGGGCCUGUUCCCAACACCUUGGCCUCCCAAAGUACUGGAAUUACAGGUGUGAGCCACCACACCUGGCCUUCUAAUGUAUGUCUUAGUCAUCUUGUGUUGUCCUAGGUGGUUGCACACUUUUUGUGUAUUUUGCAACAUUUUAAAGUAGUUCCUGCCCAGUUUGACUCUAACUGGAUUCCAUUGUAGAUGAAAUAGAAAAGAGAGCCUUGUUUCAGACCUUUGGUUAGUCCCCAGACUGAUUCGAAAAUACAAAGGCAAUAAUUUGGAAACAAAAUGUGAUCCGUACUCUCUGUAGUGAUCAGAGUUCUACACUGAGAACUCUGCUGUCUUCAAGACUGGCAAUGAGAUGGGCAGAGAUGGACCAAAGAAAAAACCAUACAAGGCUUUUCUAUCAUUUUUCACUUUCCUAUGUAUAUAUCUUUUUCUCUCUGUUAAUAAUAUGGGAUGUGAAAAAUUGCAGUUUUAAAUCUUCUGUUUGUUUUUGUAAAGCUGUCUACUUUCUUGAUGAGAAGGUUUUUUUAAAGCGUCUUUAGACAUUUAUGACUUCUAUAAAAAUUGGUUUAUGUAAUGUUAUUGAUUAUUAAAUGUCUGCUGUUGAGAUUUAUGGAAUAUAAUCGAUAUUCAUGAAAGUGGACACUGAAUUCUAAGAACAUUUGCAGUCUGUCCCCUUCUUUUCUUUCUCCUUUGACAUUACCCAAUAAAAAGUUACAAUUUUUUCUAUUUAGUUGGUAAAAUCUCUUUUAUUAGUCUUUUGUCAUACUUAACUACAUUUGAUCUACAGGGAACCAGUCACCAAAAUAUUCCCUCUGUGUAAUCACAUAGAAUAGGCUAAAUCUCCCAAGUAAGAAAUUGAAAAAACAAAACAACAACAACAACGAAAAACAUGAAAUAUCAUCUACCAGAGUUGCUCAUUAGGGACCCCGUGCCUAGAGUGUUUCUUUGUGUCCGUCUUAGUCUAUAAGACUGUUUUUUUGUUACUUAUAACAGGAUACCAGAACUGGGGUAAUCUAUAAGAAAUGAUAUUUAUUUUUUGCAGUUCUGGAAGCUGGGAAGAUCAAGUAAGGUCAAAGUGGACAUCUGGUGGGAACCUUCUUGCUGAUGGGGACUCUGUAGAGUCCCUGGGUGGCACAGGGCAUUACAUGAUGAGGGGGCUGUCUAGCUGAAGUAUCUUCCUCUUCUCAUAAGGACACCAGAACCUCAUCUGUGAUAACCCAUUUAUUAAUUAAGCCUUUCAUACAUGAGUGGAUUAAUCCAUCCAUGUGUUCCAAACCCUCAAGACCCACUCACCUCUUAAACCACUACCUUUCAUUACUUCCACAUUGGAGAUUCAGUUUCAGCAUGCAUUUUGGAGGGGAAGACAUUCAAACCUAGCAGUGGCUGAUUGGGUAUGCUUCCUCUGCUGAGGAUAUAAUACAAUUCCAAACUCUCAGAGGGAAGUUAGGAGUUAGGCAAAUACCAUAAUUUUUACACAAACAGUAUAGGCACACUCCACCCCCGUUAUUAGUUAUGCUCACGGGGCCCUCCCCUAAAUACAUUGUCUAGACACCACGAAAGGUUCAACAUUGUGAACAAGCAGUUGUAAGGAUAUGCCAUCUCAGGACUGCUAAUUGUAACUCUCUUUUGCACAGUAGGUGGUAGGACUUUGUCAUGACAAGUACUACAGACCCACUGUAGAAAGACAUUAGGAGUAAUCCAGGCAAUAAGAUUCACUUGCAUAAUUCACCAAUAAGAGAUAUGUUCCUACUCAACUGUUAUUUUAGCAAGCCCAAUUCCAGCAUCAGAAUUCCAGCAUCAGACAGUGAGUGUAGACACAGAAUAAGAGUGGAUUUACCAUGUCAUUGAAUAAAUGCUUGGAAACCACAGCAUCAUGGGAAGUUUAUGAAGGUGAGUAUGGGUUCUCAGUACUGUGAGUUUCAACCUUCCUUUUCUGGACAUAUGGGAUGUUUCAGGACUCAGUGGCUUUUGAGGAUGUGGCUGUGAACUUCACCCAUGAGGAGUGGGCUUUGCUGGGUCCAUCACAGAAGAAUCUCUACAGAGAUGUGAUGCAAGAAACCAUUAGGAACCUGAACUGUAUAGGAAUGAAAUGGGAAACCCAGAACAUUGAUGAUCAGUACCAAAAUCUCAGGAGAAAUCCAAGAUGUGAUAUGGUAGAGAGAUUUGGUAAAAGUAAAGAUGGUAGUCAGUGUGGAGAAACCUUAAGCCAGAUUCGAAAUAGUAUUGUAAACAAGAACACUCCCGCCAGAGUAGAUGCAUGUGGAAGCAGUGUGAAUGGAGAAGUCAUAAUGGGUCAUUCAUCCCUGAAUUGCUACAUCAGAGUUGACACUGGACACAAACACCGGGAGUGUCACGAAUAUGCAGAGAAGCCAUAUACACAUAAGCAGUGUGGGAAAGGCUUAAGUUAUCGCCACUCCUUUGCAACACGUGAAAGGCCUCACACUGGAAAGAAACCCUAUGAUUGUAAGGAAUGUGGAAAAACCUUCAGUUCUCCUGGAAACCUUCGAAGACAUAUGGUAGUAAAAGGUGGAGAUGGACCUUAUAAAUGUGAAUUGUGUGGGAAAGCCUUUUUUUGGCCCAGUUUAUUACGUAUGCAUGAAAGAGCUCACACUGGAGAGAAACCGUAUGAAUGUAAGCACUGUUCUAAAGCCUUCCCUGUUUACAGUUCCUAUCUAAGACAUGAAAAAAUACACACUGGAGAGAAACCGUAUGAAUGUAAGCAGUGUUCCAAAGCCUUCCCUGAUUAUAGUUCCUAUCUAAGACAUGAAAGAACUCACACUGGAGAGAAACCCUACAAAUGUAAACAAUGUGGGAAAGCCUUCAGUGUUUCCGGUUCCCUUCGAGUACAUGAAAGAAUUCACACUGGAGAGAAACCCUAUACAUGUAAACAGUGUGGGAAAGCGUUUUGUCAUCUUGGAAGCUUUCAAAGACACAUGAUAACGCACAGUGGAGAUGGACCUCAUAAAUGUAAGAUAUGUGGGAAAGGCUUUGAUUUUCCUGGUUCAGCACGAAUUCAUGAAGGAACUCACACUCUAGAGAAACCCUAUGAAUGUAAGCAAUGUGGGAAAUUGUUAUCUCAUCGCUCAAGCUUUCGAAGACACAUGAUGGCACACACUGGAGAUGGCCCUCAUAAAUGCACGGUAUGUGGGAAAGCCUUUGAUUCUCCCAGUGUAUUUCAAAGACAUGAAAGGACUCACACUGGAGAGAAACCCUAUGAAUGCAAGCAAUGUGGGAAAGCCUUCCGUACUUCCAGUUCCCUUCGAAAACAUGAAAAAACACACACUGGAGAGCAACCCUAUAAAUGUAAAUGUGGAAAAGCUUUUAGUGAUUUCUUUUCCUUUCAAAGUCAUGAAACAACACACAGUGAAGAGGAGCCUUACGAAUGUAAGGAGUGUGGGAAAGCAUUUAGUUCUUUUAAAUACUUUUGUCGCCAUGAAAGGACUCACAGUGAAGAAAAAUCUUAUGAGUGUCAAACUUGUGGGAAAGCCUUCAGUCGUUUCAGUUACUUAAAAACUCAUGAAAGGACUCACACGGCAGAGAAACCAUAUGAAUGUAAGCAAUGCAGGAAAGCAUUCUUUUGGCCCUCUUUCCUUCUAAGACAUGAAAGGACUCACACUGGAGAAAGACCCUAUGAAUGUAAACACUGUGGUAAAGCCUUCAGUCGUUCCAGUUUCUGUCGAGAACAUGAAAGAACUCACACUGGAGAGAAGCCCUAUGAAUGUAAGGAAUGUGGGAAAGCCUUCAGUUCUCUCAGUUCCUUUAAUAGACAUAAAAGGACGCACUUGAAGGAUAUUCUAUAAGUGUAUGGAAUGUGGGAAAGCAUUAGUUUUGUCACAUUCAGAUACUUGAAAGAAAUAAAUCCUGUGAAUGUAAACGUGGUAAAGCCUUAAGAAGUUUCCAGGCUGGGCGCAGUGGCUCACGCCUGUAAUACCAGCACUUUGGGAGGCCGAGGAGGGCAGAUCACGAGGCCAGGAGAUCAAGACCAGCCUGGCUAACAUGGGAAACCCUGUCUCUACUAAAAAUA